CAUCAAAUUGGCGUCAAAGGGGGCGGCGUGCAAUUGGCCAGGUGCAGAAAAAAAGGUAGAUUUUGUGCAGAUUGGGGCAGGCCAAGGGCUUUAGUUAGGGAUAUUACAAAUUUACCGGCAGCUACAUUGCAGUAAAUUUGUAAUACCAGCCCCGGCCUUGGCGGUUGUUUUACCGCCAUUCAUUUCUAUGGAAUGCCUAAACCAGAGAGUGCACUUGCAAUGGGGGCAGUUGAAGUAAUGUGUAGCCUGCCAAGCUGGAACUUGCCUGCCAACAAAAAGCCCAAAAUCGCCUCAGAUGCCAUUUUCCAAAGGCUUCAUUGUGCACAACUGACUGGAGGGGCCUUGUUUCGAGUCUUCGACGUGUGAUAAGUGGUUGAAAACAGACAUGAUGCGAUAAAUCUUCUAGUACACAGAAAUUAUUUUUACACGCAACCGUGUUCGUGGUUUACUGCUGGGACGAGUUGAAUGGGGUUACAUUAAAGCUUCAAGUACAAAAGCCAUUAUGGAUUUCAUUAUAAGAGAGCACCUCUCUGCAGCAGAGAAUCAGCAAGAUGCCGAAGCUUUACUCAAAGCUUACAGAUUAAUUAAAUCUGCCAGUGCAGGCAAGGCAACAGAUGUACCAGAAAACUUCAGCCCUGAUUUAUAUGUUCUGUGUGCGGAACAAGCCCUCCAACUUGGAAAUCUAGCCGAAAGUAAAGACUGUCUGCAACUUUAUUUCAAGAGUAAUCCACCUCAAAACCAGUUUUUUGGAAGAUCUUACUUGUGUAAAGCCCAGUUACACACCCCUCAGUCUGCAAAGGAUGUGGAUCAACUGGAAAAAUCUGUGGUUUAUUACCUAAAAGCUAUUGAUUUCGGGAAACAGCAAAAAAGAUACUAUUUUCUGGUCUUCAAUGCAUCUGUUAUCUACUGGCAAAUGGUUCAACCUUUUUUAAAGCCUGGGAGUCGCCAUCUUCUUAUUUCUAGUCUCUCCAGUGUUGUGAAGGCUUUGACUGAAAUUGAUGAAACAGAUCAUGCCUGGCGAGCACAACUUAUGAUGGAACUCCUAGAGUGUUUGUUGGAUGCACAAAAAAUGAAAGAGGCUGCCGACUUUGCUUCAGGGGCAGCAGAGUAUAUUAAAAAAAAUGUUCCAGGCAAAUAUCCAAAUCUCUUUGCUAAAAUGGUACAACACAAAUUAAUUGAUUCUGCUAAAGCAGCAAAGGAAACAAAGAGCUGUGUGACUUUGUCAGUCAUCCUUAAAAUUCAGAAGUUGAAGUCAUUGCAAACAGAGAGUACAACAACAAAGGACAUUUUUACAAACCUUCAUGAAAUUUAUAAUCUUCUAACAUCGUCUGAAGAAAAUAUAUCCAUUUCUGAGAAAACCUCUCUUUUAAUUGAAUUGGCCCAUCUGACACUGGAGUUAAAAAGCGCUCAACUUGCUGCCUCUUGCAUAAAGAAUUUAAAGAAAUCAAGCAUUGCCGAACCAGGGACACAAAUUGUCCUUGAAUGUCUUCAGUGUGAACUUGAAGCUCUAAAUCUUGGCACUAAGAUUGCUUUAUACAAAAAAGGUGUUGUUGAGACUCAGCUAAAACUUAUAAGAAGGCUUGAGACCUCCUUACUGGAUGCCAAUCGUUUAGCAGAUCCCAGCACAAUUCAGACUGUUUGCUCCACUCUGUGGAACCUCUGCUUGCCGUUACUGCAGCACAAUUUGCGCAAGCAUGUACGGAAACCCUUAGUAUCUAUUGCGGAAUCACUUGAAGAAAUUGAUAGUUUGCUAACUGUUCUACGCUGUCAAAUUCACCUGGAAGUUGCUCAAAUAGAAGAAGAUGAAGAUCACAUUGAAAGUGCCAUAAAGCAUAUUCAAAAGGCUUUGAUUUUUGAUGAUGGUGCCCAGUAUCAAAAGUAUCUGAAUUCUUAUCUUCAUCGGCUUCAGCUGAGAGCUAUGCUGUAUAGCACGCCUGAGGGUUUGGAAGAUCGAGCAGCUAUGAUAAUUGAGCAGGCAAAACAAGCCAGCCCAGUGGAUUCUGUCAGGAAGAAACGGUCUUUGCUAGUGAAUGCUGGCCUGUGUUUAGCUCCAGAUGUUUUGCAGAUGGUCCUUGAUAGUGAAAAUGAAGCAAAAGUCUCCGCAGGUAAAGGCAACAAAGGACAAAUCUCUUACUUGUGCACAAAGGCUCAGCACCAUGCAAAAUGCGUGCAGAAGACUGAAGGUCACUUAAAGCGAAUUGAAGAUAAAAAUGCUACUGAAAGGAUCAGACUAUGGGCAGAUUUAGCCAAAGUUGCCCGGAAGCAAGAGGUCUGGGAUGUAUGCAGGGCAGCAUGCAGGUUCUGCCUACUGUACGACGAUGGCCGCUGGAGUAUCCAAAAAAAAGACACUCUGCGGAAAACUGCAUCUGCAACCAAUAGCAUGGAGGAAGGAAAAGGUUUGGGGUCAGAAGUGGAACCAUCCAAAACAAAGACUGAAUUCACCAAUGAAAGAGUCUUAUUAAGAACUUUGGCAGAAAUAAGGUUUAUUAAUGCUGAGGCAGCCAUCCAUUUACUGAAAUCUGAAAACUGUAAGUUAAAUGAAAAUCCUAUUCCCCCAGAAGACACAAGAAUGCAUCCAGUGGGAUAUACUGCAAUAAAUCCUGAAGAUAAUCCAGAAUGGAUUGUUUAUAGUGAAUGGAUUUCUGAGUUGUCCAGAUAUGCAACAGAAAAUUUCCUACAAGCUGCUGAAUUGGGGGUAGAGUUGCAUGAAGCCUGGAUAACUCACAAUGCAGCAGUGUACAUCCUAAACCAUAACAAGCAUCUAAUAUCUACUGAAAGGCUAUCAGAACUUACUGAUUCACUUCAAAAACUGCUAACUGCUCUUAAGAAAACAGGGCACAAUGGGAAUACUGUGCUGCUUGCGAUGUUGUCCAAUGCCUUAGCCAAAGGCUUAAUUCUUCGUUGGAUUCCUGGUUCAGCAGCUAUCAAAAAGGAUGCAAGUCUACAUUCAGCAAAGGUCAAGAAGGCUCCAGGGAAAGGAUCUGAAAAAUCCAAUGUAGCACAUGUUCUGUCCAUAGAUCCAACUGGUUUUUCAGACAUAAAACUUGCCUUGGAGGUUUGUGAAUAUGUAUUGGAUUUAACAAAUGGGAAGAUGCCAGAGGAGAUGAUACCCAUUUCUGUACAGCAACAAAUCUUGGCUACUUGGGUAAAGUCAAAACAGUUGCUCCAACAGCAAAUUGGACCAAAACUGGGAACUGAAGAAGAGGAGAAUAACGAAGGACAAAAUUCAAUGACAAGAGUCCUGGUUGCUAUAGAAAUGCAUUCUUGCAACGGGUUAGGACUAAUGGACUUCACUGUUCCCAGCCUGUCCCAGGUGUUUGAUAUGACUUGCCAGUGUCACUGGUCAGAUCCAUUUGUUGAACUGCAGGUGCUGACAAGAUUAGCCCACUUUGCAUACAAUGCCCACGGCCUGGAUCUGGCACUGAGAUGUACUCAGAGGGCCCUAGAACUGGAAAAGAAAUUACAAAAACGGGGCAUGCGUUUUUCUAUUCUGGAACAUGAAAUGUUGAGCAUGGCUGCAUGUGUUCAGGGGCAAAGUAUAAUGGACAAUCUGGCUGGCAAAAAACAUUUGCGUAUUUCUGCAAUCAAAGCCUUUCAGUUAAGUGCCAGAUUUGCAGGUGAAGCUGGCAACUUUCCUCUUGCCUUGCAAGCGGCUCGACAUUUCUGGAAUGCUUGCUAUCCUCUUACGAAAUCAUCAAAAGAAAGGGAACCUCUAAAGGAAGCCACCACGUGUGUCAUUAAGGCUCUUACAGAUGCAGAGUCAAAAAAGAAGCAGCAAUCAGAAAAUAAUCCACAUUUCUAUAUGUGGCCCACAAUGGAUGCUACAGAUCAUGCAGUAGAUGAGUUGGAAUCCCAGGGAGAUUCAUCCAGGCAUGAUGAAAGUCCAGAUGAGGAGCAAAAACUAAGAGCUUCUCUGUACGAGUUGCUGUUCAACAUGUAUGCAGAUAAAAAUGAAUGGGAAGCAGGUCUGAAGGUGUUGGAUGAAGCUAUCCAAGUUCUACCACGUACUAAACAUAGACUAGUGAUUUUCAAGCAUCGUUUACUGGUUAAAGCAAGACUUGGUCACAAUUUUUUUAUGGACAUUCAGAAAUUCAAGGAUGAGAAUGAGGAUUAUUUGGCUUACAUUUGGCACCAUGUAUCUUUAAUGUCUACAAACACCAGCGAACAAUUAACCUGUUAUCUGAAUGCAAUUGAUGUGUUGCAGAAAACAGAAACACAGUGGCAGAAAGUCGAGUACUUAUUUGAACUGGCAGAGUGGCUGUAUUGCAAACAGUUUCCUGUAAGCCAUGCCCUUAACAUACUGGACUGGGCUGUAGAUAUUUUACUGCAGAUGAGGUUUAACACUAGCACAGAGGAAGAUAAGAAUCAUAAAGGAAAGACAAGGCCCAGUCGAAAGUCAGCCAGGACUAAAGACCAGAAACGUUCAGAAAGUGUAAAGGUCGAUGAAACAAAAACUGAAGAUGGCGAGGUUGUGGAAACUACAUGUAAAUCAAUUGAAGACUUAAGAAAUGUGAGACAGCUUGAGGCUUUGACACGGGCACAUACAAUAAUGGCAGUAAUUAGUGGCCACAGCUCUCCUCUUCAUAAACAACACUGUUUGAUGGCCUGUACUUAUAUAAUGAGAAUUUGGCAGGUGUCACUGCCAGCAGCUGCAUCUUUUGUGAAAGCACUGCCAAAACGGACCACCCCAUCUCAAAAACAGCAGUCAGCUUCUUCUCGAAAGGAAAAGAUCAAAAAGGAAGCACCAGAGACUGCAGUGAUAAAAGAAAAGCCAAAGAAGAAAGGCUCGGUUGAUGCUUUACCUUCAAACACAGAGGAAUGGGCUGGCUAUGACUGUGCUGAAGAAAUCAGAGAUGCAUUUAAGCAGGACACAUCUUACCAUGUUAUUAACCGGAGCACCAUAGGAAAACCAACAUACACCCUUUACUACUUGGACUUAUUAAUAAAGGAACUGCAGAGCAUUUCAUUCACACACCUGACUUUACCUGUGCUUCAGUUUGCUGAAGUGAUUGCUCAUGAUGUCGUUGAAAGUAGCUGUCUGUCAAUUCUCUAUCACUUGAGAAUCUCUCAAAUAUGUACAGAUUUGAGAUUAUUCCAAGCAGCUACAUACCAUGAAAAGGCCGUUGGGAAUACAUUUAUUACUGAACAAGAACAGAUUAGCUGCAGGCAAGAACUAUUGCAACAUAAGGAGAAAAAGAAGAAUGAACAUCAAAUGGAAGAGAACAAUGUUGGGAAGGAAAAGAUAUUAAGACUGCAUGAAGAUGGAAAAGGAAUAAGUGGAAUGUCCCUUCCGUAUUUGUGGAUGGAAAAAGCAGACGUGCUCAUUCAGCUUGGCUAUUUUCAACCAGCACGACUUCUACUUUCAGAAGCUUACAAAUCUUUUCAGGAGACUGGGGAUAGACAAGAUCAGUCAAAAUGUCUGUACCUUUUAUCCGUGUUAGCUAAUAGUGAGAGAAACCACGGGCAAGCACAGGCACUGCUUAAGGAGAUACAACAAAUAGAAAGAACAACAGAGUUGUGGUAUAGGACCACUAUUUCCAUGACGGAGGCAGUUUUAGGUGAAAACAAAGAUGGCAAAGAAAAGCAGGCUUGCAAAAUUUUGGAAACUGCUAUGACUGCUUUAAACACCAUGUUACAAAAACAGAGUAACAGAGAAGCACAAAAUGGAUUGUUCAUGGCAUCAUUGCAUGUCAGGAAACUUUCAAUUGACCAACAAGUAGCCCAAGCCUUGAUGAAUUCUAGCUCUGCAUCACCGUCUCAUGUAACUGUAAAGAUGCUUGAAAUAUGUGAUGAAAUGAGACAAAUAGAAAAUGAUCUUCUUCGCUAUGGGCAUAAGGAGAAAAGAGCUGAAGUAAUGACAGAACGUUCUAACGCCCUCAGAAUUCUUGCCAGCUCUGUGAAGGAUGAAGAAGAUAAGCACCGUUACUUCUUAGAUGCAUACUUUACUGCAGAGUCAGCCAUUAAUCUGCAAGAAGAAAUACUAUUCAAUAUUCAGAGCUUGUUUCCACAAGAGACAGGGGCUAUCAGUUUGCCAGCUGCAAGAAAGCUAGCAAAUAUGAAGCUGCACUUUGCAGAGCUCUCUUUGGAAAUAAUACAGCUUGUUAGUACAGAGCAGAGGAAGAAAUUACAAGACGAAAAACGAAAGGGAAGGCUUUGUGUAGCCGUGGAAGAAUUUGUAAGAGCUACUCCUGAUUAUAACUCCAUCGAGCAGGAAUGGAAAUCAUUAGGACUUACUGUGGCAUCUACAACCCUGUCUCAGUUGGCAAACGUGUUAUCCUUGGCUUCGGACUGCGCUGAACUUAAAGCAAAGUGUUUAUAUCUCACUGGAAAAUGCCUUUAUUUACUAUCUGUAAAAGUCGACCCACUUGGUCCAGACAUGUUUUGGAAUGAAAACACUUUGGCUGAAAGUAAAGUAUAUUCAGCAGUGCAAGACUACAGUGAUUUUGAGCAACCUACAGAGGAUCAAUGGGUUAAAAAGGCUGCUGAGCUAAAGCAAAAAAGGGCUGCUGCCCAGAUGUUCCUUGCUCAGGCUAGUGAAAUAUUGCUGCAAUCUCUCAAUGUUUCAAUUUAUAACAAUCUCCUGAGUACACUGUCUGCAGCAAGUAUUCAACUUUGCUCAUGCCUUGGGGUCUUUGAUCCAGUUUCAGCUGGGCAGUUUUUAGCUCUCCACCAGAGCUCUGCCUCUUCUAUAAUUAUGAAAAACAUGUUGUCUUCUGCGACUCACAAUACCAGUAACUCCCAGUUUGCAGCAUUACUGAACCUACAGCAAUUCCUUCAAAAGCAAGGCAACACCAUAAGUGCUUUGCAAGGAAGUAUUGAGAACCGACUUUCCGAUGUUUCUCCGGUUUGGGAAAAUCUUCAUAUUAACAAGCAGUUCUUUAACAUAUUUAAUGAGCUGCCUUCAGAUUUCACUGUCGUUGUGCUUCAACAAUCGGAGGACAGAGCAUUUUUAUAUGGUGCUGUUCUUGAAAAGCCUAAAGCAAACACUGGACCAAAAGGAAAAGUAAACCAACCACCACAGCAAAAAGUACAAGCAAAAGUUGUUCGAUGCGCAGUCGACCCUCAGAUGUUCUUGAAUUUGAUGGAGAAAAUGGAACUGUUUAAGCAAGAUACGAUGCAGAGUCUCCUUAGAAAAGAAAACCAACAAAGCUUGAACAGGCAACAGAACUUGUUUGAACAAAUUAAAGGCGUCAACAAGAACCCAGAAAUGAUAAAAGUGUGUAGCACAGAGGAUGACUGUGAAAAGACAACAUCUUCAGCUUUCUAUGACAUUAUUAAUGCACUGGAAGAUUACCUGAACCCUGUCCUACACAGCCUGGAUUUAACUUGCAUUCGGCAGCCAUCUCCAGUGCUUUCACCUGCUGGCUCUGUAAGGCCAAAGUCAAGAGAUAAAGAGGAGAAGCCAACAACAGUGUCAAGUGCUUCAGUAGAUGCUGGAGAAUGUAUUGUACUACUGGCAGACAAAUUCUUAAUGGAGUUUCCAUUAGAAGCACUCGGAGUAUUCAAGGACGAUGGAAUAAGUUCCAUUUCAAGAGACUUUUCACUUCAGUUACUGUUCAAUAGGCUUCACAGGGAACAAACUGCAGAAGGUGAAACGAAACGCGAUGCAAAGAGUUCAAAGGGAACAAGGCAAAAAACGGAACAAAAAAAGAAUAUUAAAACUGCACCCAUCAAUCGCAUUUUGCCAGCAGGAUGCAUACCUGUGGACACUCAUAAUUUUAAAUAUAUUGCGGACCCUUACAAUGAAGCACAAGAAGCAGAGGCUUUUAGCCCAGGCUCUAAGAUGAAUGAGAUUCUUGCAAAAUAUGGCCAACAAUUUACUCCUCACUGGGAAGGAAUAAUAGGCAGCUCACAUAUCCCAAGUCAUGCUGAAUGGGAAAAAUUAACAACCAGCUGCAGUGCAUUUCUUUUUUAUGGGAUGGAACGGUUCCUGGCUCAUAUUCUACUUGAUAAAUUUAUGGCUUUACAUUUGAAAGAGUGUCAGCUGAUGAUUCUUCUAGAUUUGGUCCGGACAAGUCACAGUUUUGCAAGACAAUCCAAGGUUGAUGUACAGAAACGUGCAACCUCCCUGACUUUGGAAAGGCCUGUAGAAACAGCGCUUCUUCUAAGUGCUACAGGAAUACGCUCCUUAAUGCUGAACCAGUGGCAUACAACUCUGGAAAAGAAUGCUAAAAGACUCGACUGUUUAGCUGAAAAUUUGUUAGCCAAUGGGAAGACGACCGGACAGUCAGUACAUAGCCAAAGAAGGCUUGGAUUGGAAGGAAUUCCUCUGAAUGAUGAAAGAGACAAAAUUAUGCCUGAGGACAAAGAAGAGAUUCUCACGAGAGAACAUGUUCCAGUGCCUCCUACUCGGGAUCCAUCUGUUUUCAGUUAUGUCCUGUAUGGUCUACCCAAUAUGGUUGUUAUGUGACUCCUGUUCCUCGUAAUUGAUAAUACAAUCAGUACAUUUAUUUGAGUGCACAAUUAAUUGGGUAAUUUUAAACAAAUUGACAAUGUUAGUUAACCACAAACUCACUUCCCCUGGCACUUUCCACAAACUGUCCAUGGAUGCAGGUUCAUAGAAAAACAGCAGCAAUUCCUUAGGUUGGGAAUCCAUGGUAGUUCCUACUCAGGUCUAAGCUGAUAUCAAAUCCGAGACUAAAUUCCUGAAGUUUCCCCUGAGCCUUAUUACAGUUUUACAAUUUUGUGAAAAUUAGUGAAAAAAUGUUUGUCAAGUAAUGUGCCUACUUGUGUUUCAAUCCCAUCUACUAAACAUGUUGCCUUAAUUGAAUUAUAUAAAAUAUCUGCUUUGGUUAAUCGUGACAUUGUAGGGAAAUAUGAACACUUGCACGUCAUCAUCAUUAUUAUUUUAUUAUCAUUCUGUUAUAAAAACUUCAAUUAAAUUCAAAACGUAAAUUAACCAAUUUAUCUUUAAAGCUGCCAGAACCUCCUUGGGAGUUUUUCAGCAAGAAUCAAUAGCUUGAAUAUUCCGGUUUUGUUAUUGUUUCUGCUUGUUUGACAAUAAACAAUUUGCAAGUAGCCCUACAGA